ACUCAGGUAGAUUCAUGUCACUUUAUGGCAUUAAGAUGACGGCCGAAAACUACACGAAUUCACAAUAAUUCAAUACAAUGGAAUUCUAAAAACUUAAAGGCGCUGAAAUUAUUGAAAAUGACGCCGAUCAUUUCCAUUUUCAGAUCGACAGAAGUGAUGUCACGCAAAAGUGCGCAAAGCCUUAUUAAGAAGUGAUGCGUUUUGUCACGCGUUGAAUCGAAAGUCUUUGCGCAUCUGUUUGCUCUCCAUCCAUUUCCUGACCAGACAGUCUCGGGGAAGAAACUGUAAUGCAUUCAAGCGAUGCAUUCAGAACAAGCGCUUUUGUUUUGUUCUUGCUGCAGUGUGGCACACAAAGCGGCUCUACACAGAUAUAUCAACGCUGUAUUACUGAUGAAUCGACUACAAGCUGCAUGGUGAACGAGAUUGAGGUAUUAAAUGCUUACCCAGUUAAACAAGUUGUCAUUGAAGGACAGACGGUGGAAGUUUACGCUGAAUGUCAACAAAACAGCUCAGGAGAGUUGAGAUGCCACUGCCAUCAAAGGAUAAAUUCAACAAGAAGUCUGUUACAGCACAAUGUGAGAUAUGAAAAUGGAGCAUACACUGUAAUCUGUAUCAAUUACAGUGUUAGUGUAACUUGGUCACUACGAAGAAGGCCAUCAGCCCCAGUUAUCAAAGCUAUGGCAAUUCCAGAUCGUAAAAAUAUGGUUCAGUUGAAUUGUAUGUCUGAGGAGAACCCAAAACCAAACAUCAAGUGGAAUACUGGCAGUCCGACAUCGUGCAAUCAAGAUUAUAAAGGGGAGAGCACUGUAUUGAGCUGCCCGGGUACAGAUAUGAAGUGCUGUGCCAGUAAUUCUCUGGGUGAGGAAUGUUCUGCGGUUCAUGAUUAUGAUUUACACAGUGUGGACAAACAUAAGGAUCAGAUUUUCCUCAGAUCUGGUCAGUCACUGCUACUCCGAUGCAAAAUUAAAUCCAGUGACCCUGAACUGAAAUGGUUCUUCAAUAACACAGCAGUCCAAGGAUGUGUUUCAUUUCUUUGGGAAAAUUGGAUGGAACACUUAUCUAUUCAAAGGGUUAAUGUGGCACAUAGUGGAGAGUACAUUUGCAAAUCUAAUAGCAUCCAUAGUGUGAAUGUCCAUGUCAAGGUGUUUGAACAUGACCAAAUCGACAUAUUGCAGUUGAAUGAGAACAACAGCAUACCUGUACAAAAUAAGACAAGCUUCUGCUUCCAGGCUCAGGUUUUCUCCCACCCUAAAGUUCAGUGCCACUGGAUUACACCAAACCAUACUAAAAUCAAAUGUGAAGAGACAAAUUAUUCUAAUUAUACCAGUACUUUUAAGUUGUGCAAUCCUGAAUCAGGCGAGUAUCAAAUGAAACUAGACACUCAAGAAUAUAGUGUCAUAAGGAAUUUAUCUCUAUGCAUAUCAGAUAUUCCUAGAAUAAAUAUAGACAAAAAUUCAAGCAGUAUCACUUGCACGACUCAAAGCACCACACCUACAGCUCUAUCUUGGAAGAUCUGCCCAUCACCUGAUAAAUGUACUAAUCCCGAAGACUGGAAAGAGAUUCCCGUUGAUCUAUCUGAGUUCCCGGAUGCAGAUCGGUUCUGUGAGAAGAAUAUUGUAUUUGUACGACCACGUUCAAAAAAUGAGAACCAUCAUAUAAAAUGUUGCAUAACCAACCUAGCUGGAAGUCACUGCAGUAACCAAAUACUACUACAGACAUACUCCUACACUGAAUUCAUCAUCUGCUUUGCUGUCAUGUUUGUACUCCUCAUGAUCAUCAUCGCCUUAAUCAUCUUCAUCAGAGUAAAGAAGCCUGUGUACGAGUGUCAGAUCCAGAUGAUCCAGAUGGUAGGACCUAAUGAUAACGAUUACAUAUACAUCGACUUCAGAGACUUUAAGUAUGAUCUUAAAUGGGAGUUUCCAAGAGAAAAUCUGGAACUUGGGCAAACGCUGGGAUCUGGUGCUUUUGGGAUGGUCGUGCAGGCUACCGCAUAUGGGAUCAGCAAGCCCGGAGUGUCUAUUCAAGUAGCAGUAAAGAUGUUAAAGGACAAGCACCAGGCAGUGGAGAAAGAGGCUCUGAUGUCUGAACUAAAAAUGUUGACUUACAUUGGACACCAUGAAAAUAUUGUGAACUUGCUCGGGGCUUGCACAGGCACAGGCCCGAUUUACCUAAUUUUCCAAUACUGCUGUAAUGGAGAUCUCCUGAACUAUCUAAAGUGCAACAGGGAGCACUUUCACAAAUAUCUGACCGAUGCUUUCAACAGGGAUAGAUUCAGAGGCCUCUACCACAACUUCCAGCAGAAGAGAAACUCCAGUGAGUUUGUUGGGUCCAACGACAACCCAUGCAUGCACAUAAUGCCUGAAACCAAAGAUCAGGAGGAUGAGGCUCUACUUAGUCCCAGCAUCAGCUCAGUGUCUACUACUGAGGAAAUACUCAAAUGUGACAGUGAACAAGAAGAGGAACUGCAAAGUCUCACGUAUGACGACCUUCUAAGUUUCUCUUUUCAAGUUGCAAAGGGCAUGGAGUUCCUGUCGGCUAAAAACUGCAUCCACAGGGAUUUGGCAGCCAGAAACAUUUUGGUGACACAAGGUAGACAGGUGAAGAUUGGUGACUUUGGCCUUGCUCGAGACAUUGAAUGUGACUCCAACUAUGUAGUGAGAGGAAAUGUACGAUUACCGGUGAAGUGGAUGGCUCCUGAGAGUAUUUUUAAAGGGGUGUACACCAUGCAGAGUGAUGUCUGGGCCUAUGGCAUUCUGCUAUGGGAAAUCUUUUCUCUAGGUGUGACUCCAUAUCCUGGUGUACCUGUAAAUAGCUCAUUUUACAGAAUGAUUGAAAGUGGAUAUCACAUGGAGCAGCCCUAUUAUGCAUUAGAAUCCAUAUACCAGGUAAUGUGUCGCUGCUGGUCACUCGAUCCUGCAGAUCGUCCUUGUUUCUCCAAGCUUGUGGCCUUUAUGAACAAAGAGCUGGCUGAUCUGGAAGAGAGGCUUUAUUACAACUUUGAAGAAUACUGCUACAAUAACACAAUAUACCAGAAUGCACCAGUGACCCCUGAUGCUUCAUCGGAGUGCCAGUCAUCUCCGGUGAGCACAGACAAUCCGGAUGAAAGCAAAGCCGUGGAGGAUCCUGGAUCAGUAAGAACUGAACCUGAUGUGUAAAAGUUGGAGAUUAGACCUGGUGUCAAAAAAACGUUACGUUCAGGUUGUGCUUUUAUAAGUAACCAUAGAAGGGAACUACAGUCAUACUUUUAUGUACAUGUUUACUACCAAAUAGUAUUUUCUGCAUUUAGGCCUAUUAACUUAAGCUCUUCAUCAGUAUAUAUCGUUGUGUAUAACACAUCAGUGUGUAAACAUUGAAAUUAUUUACUAAUAAAGUAUGUUGCUUUAUGCAGUAAGCUGCUAUUUAAAUAAAUACCUGCUUCAGCAGAUCAAGGACAAAUGUUUUUUGUAAAGGAUGUUUCAUUAUAAAGGAUUUUUGCAGCAUUAAUUUAGUAGACAAGUAUGAAAUGUAUCUUUUUUCAUAACAAAAACUUCAAUUUUUCAUUAUAUUUAUUCACUAUUUUGUUUUAACAAUUAAUUUAAUAUAUUUAUCACGUGAUAAGGAUGUUAUUCUUAACAAGAUUGUGGGUUUUAUGUGACAAAAAUGUAAUUUCCCCGUUUGUAUAUUUUUAGAAACCAAAAAUGCAUUAACUUAGUAUACAGUUUUUUAGUAUGUGCGUAUUUUGAGCAUUAUUUUUCUUUUUGUUGCCUAUGAUGCACUGUUUCAAACUACUUUUCUUUAAUUCCUCAACUCAUGUAAUAUGCAACAAAGUAAAUAAAGCAAUACAUUUGUAUGUCAAAAA